UUUUAACUAAACCUUAAGCCUUAACAUACACAGCAUCAAUCAAAAUUUUAAGUGAUUUUACCAAGACUAAAAUAUUACAAAAAAUAUUUCAAUAUCAACCAACAAAGAAGCUAAACAUGCGGGACAUGCCAGCGCAGGUGGGGGCCACUUGGUUCACCAAUCUGUCCGACUUCCAGGUGCAGGCCAUACUGGCUCUGGAGUUUUCCAUCCGGGACGAUCAUGCGGAGGCCACGGUGUACCGCACCCAGUUCUGUCUGAAUCGUUUGGGAGUCACUCCCAUGGUGAAGGUGCGUAUGCUGCGCAAGUUGAUCGGAGUUUGCCGGGGCAGCGAUUUGGCCUUCCUCUACUUCCUCCUGGAGGCAUGCUAUAAAGGAGCUGGCUUCGCCUACAGCGAAAGGAUACUGAUGUCGGCCAUCACAUACCUAGACUUGGAGAUGACGAUGCGCGAACUGGACCGCAUCCUGCCGCCUGGAGUGGAGCGGCUAACAAGGACAAAGUCCUUGGCUGCACCGGUGGUGGGCACCUCGAUCUCCUUGCCGAACAAGCGGGUCUCCGAUCUCCGGAAUGUCCGAUCGCCGUACUUUACGGCCCUACCCAAACCCAAAUUACCCACGGGUGGUGCCAAGUUCUCCUCCAAACGACCCCGCCUGGUGGUCACCUUACCCUUCUGGCCCGCCGGCGAGAGACCCAACUACAAGGUUAACGACGAGAACCGCUGGUUUGCCAAAUACAAGUUCCAGCCGGUGAAGCGGAUGCUCUUCAAGAUAGUGGGCGACAUCAUGGGAGACUACUGGUGCAAGAUAGAUGCCUCCUCGCAGGCGGAGGAGGAGGCCAUGCCCAUGUGCGAGUUCCACAAGGAGGCUAGGAGACAGGAGCAGUUGGUCAAAGAUGCCGCCGUGGUCAAGGCACAUAAACAAUGUCUGGCCCUGGUGGAAGUGACUUCUCGCCAGGAUGUUGUCCUCCAAAAGCGCUUGGUGGCCCAGCUGGAGAGGGAUAUUACGAAGUACACCCUGCGAUGGCAGCGACUUCGUCAGCGCCAUCACACGGAUGUGGUUUUAGUGGAGGAUCACGACCAGCUCUGUUCGGUGGGCAAGGUGCCCACUUCUGUCCAGACGGACAAGGUGAAGUACCUCUACCAGGAGGCGGACAUCGGGCGACUGAGUACCAAGCCUAAUCUGGGUGUCCAUGUGAUCAGCGGCAAGGACACCGUGAGUCGGUUGAGCAAAGUACGAGUCUCGGAUCCGGAUGCCGACAUCCCCUGUCCAUUGCCCCUGCCCGAGGAGACGAAGCUGGCCAAUUGUCCUCCUUCUGUUCUUGGACAUGUCAAACGACCACGCAGGGUGAUCAUGACUCAGACGAAGGUCGGAGAUGUGAAGCCACCACCGCCCUGUGAGAAGCCACCGAAGCCAGGACGCUUCUUUGUGGGUCCCCACCGACACAAGCCCUUUGUAUUUCACUACCACGAGAUGGCCCCGCAGAACCAGAAUCCCGCACCGAAGGACGUAAUUCGAAGCCAGGCAAUACGAUCCCUGAGAGAACAGAGUUGCCCCUCCACCGAGGAUGAGUACAACGAACGGGUGGAUCCCAAGGCCCAGGUGGUGGCUGCCAUCGUGGAGUGCGCCCAGAACAUGUGGUUCGGCUCGCUGGAGGCACAUCAACGACAUCAGGAGUCUAUUGCAUCCGAAAAACCAACUAAUUCGGUUAUCAUUCCUCCUCCCCGUAGGCGCACCCAGGCUUCCAUCAAGUCGGAAAAGCUAUACGAUUCGGAUGAGCCGGUAGAGGAUGUUACCCCUCCAAUCUGCGGCGGUGGGGUGCAGAAUGAGUUGGACUGGACCAAGGACAUCAAGAAAUUCGAUCCCAAUAACAAGGCCCUGAUGGAACGCCUGCUGAGGGAUGGAUUUACCAUCCUGCGACGGGAUCCACGUUGCGUCUUCGCCGCUUUUCCCAACUCCCACAAGUCCUUUGUGAUGCAGGAGUGGAUAAAGCGCAGGUAUGGAAAGACCUACAGUCACGAGGAGAUCAGCAAGGUGAUCCAGAAGGGACUGAGCACCUUUCUGCGCGUCGAGAACCAACUGACCAAUCCUCCUAGUGUGAAGCGCGAAGGAUUCUCGGCCCACGACACUUUCGACGAUUUUGCCCGCCUGGAGGCGCAUGCCAAGACCAUAAAGGCCAACUACCGAAUGCCACUCAACGACAGGAUCCUGACCCUCACCCGCAUCUGCUGGCACGCCCUGAGUCCCCACCUGGUCAGAAACUCCUCCAUGCUGAAGAGUUUCUUUGCCUAUCUGCCAGUACGCUACGCAGAUAUGCUAAGGUAGGAAAGAUGGAAGACGCAGAAUCCUACCCAUAGUAACCAAGUUCUGGACAAGUCUACUUCAAUGUUUCUAAAUUGUUUGUUACCAAAUUCGUAGUACCGUCCCUUUUACCAUACAUUGAUGCAAAUAAAAGUAAAAACAG